AUGGCGCUGCCCGCUCUGCCGCCCGGCGCGCCGCCCGCCGCCCUCUACGCCGAGCGGCAUGGGCUCUUCGAGCUGCUGCAGAGCCUGCUGGAGGCCCUGCUGCUGCGGCAGCCCCCGGAGCCGCUGCCCUUCCUGGCGGAGCUGCUGCGGCGCGACGGCGACCGGGCGCCCCGCGUGCUGCUGCUGGGCCCCCCCGCCGCCGGCAAGACCACGGUGGCCGCCCGGCUGUGCCGGGCGCUGGGCGCCGUUCACCUGAGCCCCGGGCGGCUGCUGGUCUGGGCCGAGCUGGCGGCGGGGCGGGCGGCGGAGCCGGGCUGCGCCCGCCGCGGCUGGGUGCUGGAGGGGCUGCCGGCGAGCCGGGCGCAGGCGCUGGCGCUGCAGGCGCGCGGCGUGCUGCCGCGGCACGCGGUGCUGCUGCGGGCGCCCGACGCCGCGCUACUGGAGCGCGCCCUGGGCCGCCGCCUGGACCCCGCCACGGGCCACGUCUACCACACCACCUUCGCCUGGCCCGCCGACGCCGCCGUGCAGCGGCGCCUGGUGCCGCUGCCCGGCGACGCCGAGGCCCGCGUGGCGCGGCGCCUGCUGCAGCACCACCGGCAGCUGCCCGGCAUCCUGCGGGCCUUCGGCCCCCGCCUCUGCGCCGUCGACGCCGACCAGCCGUGCGCCGACGUGUGCCGGCAGGUCCUGGAGCGCGUGCGGCGCGGGCCGCGCGCCGCGGCGCCCUUCGCGCCCCGCCUGCUGCUCUGCGGCCCCCCCGGCAGCGGCAAGCGCCUGCAAGCCGCCCUGCUGCGGCGCAGGUACGGGCUGGCCGACCUGCGCUGCGGGCGGCUGCUGCGGGCCGCCGCCGCCGCGGGCGGCCGCCUCGGCCGGCUCCUGCAGCCCUGCCUGCGGCGCGGCGGCCCCGCGCCCGACGGGCUGGUGCUGCGGGUGCUGCGGGAGCGCAUGGCGCGGCCCCCGGCGGCGGCGGCCGGCUGGGUGCUGCACGGCUUCCCCCGCGACCUGGACCAGGCGGAGCUGCUGGCGGCGGCCGGGCUCGGCCCCAACCGCGUCGUCUUCCUGACGCUGCCGGCGGCGGCGGCGGCCGAGCGGGUGACGCCGCGGCGCGUCGACCCCGUCAGCGGCAAGCGCUUCCACGCGCUGCUCCGGCCGGCGCCCAGCCGCGCCGUGCAGCGCCGCCUGCGCCGGCACCCCCGCGACAGCCCCGAGGCCCUGCAGGAGCGCCGCGAGCGCUACGACUACCACGUCGCCGACCUGGAGCUCUUCUACCGCGACGCCAUCCACGUCAACGCCAACCAGGACCCCGAAACCGUCUUCGAGUGCAUCGAGAGCUACCUGGUCCACCCGCUGCCCUGCCACAGCCCCUGA